AUGGAGGUGUGUAAUGAAGUUCAAGCAUAUAAUCUGUGCAACUCUUAUGCAUUGAAGAAAGGAUUUAGCAUUCGUAAAGGAAAUAUUCAAAGAGAUGCAAAAAACAAUAUCCGACAACGAGACUAUUUGUGUUCAAAGCAAGGGUUUUAUGAUGACCUUUGUGAAGUGAAGACAGUUCAUCAAUUGGAUACAAGGACAGGUUGUAGGGCUUUAAUUCGAUUCACUGUGGAUGAUGGUGUGUGGAAGAUAAGUCAUAUAAAUUCAGAUCAUAAUCAUGAGUUUGCUAAGCUUGAAGAAAGACAAUUUCUCAAAUCUGGUCGGAAGAUACAAAAGGCUCACGCAAAUGUUAUGUCUUCUAUGGUUGAAGCAGGUAUAAGGCCAACAAAGUCGUAUUCGUAUUUGGCAAAAGAAGUUGGUGGUUAUGAGAAUGUUGGGUUCACUAAGAAAGAUUGUCUAAAUUAUUUGCAUAGGAAGAAGGAAGAAUUGAUUGAAGGAGGGGAUGCACAAAGUUUGAUCAAUCAUUUUAAGCAUAAACAAGCUGAGGAUCCUAAUUUUUUCUAUAGUGUUCAAGUGGAUCAGUGUACUCGGAUGAUGAAUUUUUUUUGGAGAGAUGGUAGAUCAAAGUUAGACUAUGAUUGCUUUGGAGAUGUUCUAUGCUUUGAUACUACUUUUCGGACCAACAAAUACAACCUAAUAUGUGCUCCAUUUGUGGGAGUUAAUCAUCAUUGGAAAAAUGUCUUACUUGAUUGUGCUUUUUUAUUGGAUGAAAGCACAAAAUCAUUUGUUUGGUUGUUUGAAACUUUUUUGGAGUCAAUGGGAAACAAACACCUGAUAACCAUUUUCACGGAUGAGGAUAAAGCGAUGGCAAAUGCAAUUGAGAUUGUAUUUCCACAAACACGCCAUCGAUUAUGUACUUGGCAUAUCGCUAAAAAUGCUACUCAACCUCUUGCUGGUCUUUAUACUAACCCAGAGUUUAGCAAUUAUUUCAACAAGUGCUUCUAUGGUUGUUUUAGUGAAUCAGAAUUUGAAGACACAUGGGAUCACAUGAUUAAAACCUUCAAGCUUGAGAAUCAUUCGUGGCUGUAA